UAUCCUAAUGUACCGCCAGCAGCCACUGAGCAUUUUAAAGAGAUUUCUCAUCUGGGCUGUUUUGCUGGGGAUUGUCUCUGCCAUUCUAACCAAAUGUACACAAAAUGAAGGAUUCAUUCCCAUCAAUAAAAAUCUUUGGUCUUUGUCUUUUGUUACUACGCUGAGCUGCUUUUCCUUUGUCUUGCUGGGAAUCAUGUUUUAUGUUAUCGAUGUGAAAAAAUGGUGGGGAGGCCAGCCUUUCAUUUUUCCAGGGAUGAAUUCAAUCCUCAUCUAUGUUGCAAGCUCCCUGCUGGGUUCUUAUUUCCCUUUCAGGUGGGAAAUGAAGUAUGCAACUUCACAUGCCGAACCACUCUUUCAGCAUCUGCUGGCCACUUCCCUCUGGGUAUUAAUUGCCUAUCUGCUCUACAAGAAGAAGUUCUUUUUAAAAAUAUGACUGUGGGAUUCAAGAAUAUAAUUUCUCUCUCAACUCACAUAAUCCAAUUAUUGUUAUUAAGAAGAUUAUGAUUCCAAAACCUGACACUACAUACUAGACGUGAUAUUUUUGAUGACUUAUUUUGGGGUCGGGGGGUUCCACAAAAGCAGCCAUGGGGAGCCACAUUCAGCUCAUUCAAUCCAUUUCACCCCUACUUUAAAGAAAAGAGGUGCAAGUUGCACAAGUCUAGCAAAAGUGAAGACAUUCUUGCUAUACAGUUGCACUCACAACCAAAAUAAGUGAAUGUUCAAGAUCUGCCUCUCUUAAGUCCAUAAUCUUGUGCCAAAUGUAUUGAAUGUAAUUUGGAGACGAUGUAUUCCCUUAUAUAAAUUCUUGUUUUACCAAAAUCCAUAGCUUUGGGAAAAAUCUGAAACCAAUGUAUCUAGUACUCCAAAGGGCAAUUUUAUUCACCCUGGUACUAUGGCAGCAGCCCAGUCUACUGGCUUGAAAGACAGAAACUAUGAUUUGAUACUCACUGGUUUCCAAUACCUAUUUCCUCUUAAAAUACUCAGUAGCUACCAUUUCUCCUAUCCCUAGUUAGAGUUCUUUCUGCCAUACAUCUUUUGUCAUGUUCUUACUCUGGUUCUCAGUUAAUCACUGGCUCAUAGGUCUGUAUUCAUUUCCAGCAUCUGUAAGAACCUCAGUGUGCUAUCCUUCAGAUAGUGCUGAAACAAGCAACAGGGUCUUACCAAGUGCCUGGCAUAGGUCAAGGUAAUGCACUCUGUAGGAUCAAAUGAAUUUUAAAGUUGUCAUCAAAUUGUAUUUAAACUAAACUGGACAAAGUAAUGAUUCUCUUUAUUUUAACAUCGGCUCUCUGGAAUAUCAUACUUGCUAAGACCACUGGGCAAUGUUAUGAUUUAAGCUUCAGAAUAUUAGCAGGACAGGUUUAUUUUGUUUAGAAACUUGUCUUGUGUUCUCUUUACCUAAAUGCUAAUGUUGUCUUAGGGUGAAAAGCAGUGGAAUUUGUUAAGCAAGGAAUUCAUUUGUUCAUGCGAAUGCUUUUCAAAUCAGCAUGUCUGCCAUGAAACCAUGGUAUUUUGUAGAGGAUACUGGAUACUGGAACAUAUUCUGGGGUACACACUUGGCCAAUCCUUUUGGGUCUCUCCUACGGUAAGUCGAGGGUUCCUCUUUGUGAACAAAGUCAGAGCUUGUAAAAGUUACUGUUUUAGACCACAACUGCCCAAAUAUUUCAGCCAGCAUGGCUUUUCCAAACUAUUUCUUAAAUAAAACAAACAAUGCUGCAUAUUGUAGAGGAAUAAAACAAACAAUGCUGCAUAUUGUAGAGGAAGAUCAGUAUUAGCAAGGAAUCUGUGCUUUAAAGAAUUGUAUCUACUAUUACUGAUCUUCUAAUUAAAGACCCCAAUGCACUUCUAAGGAAGGGUUCCCUAUGUCACAGUUGGAAACCUCCCUCCCGCAUCUUAUGUGUGCAUAGAACAUGAUCAUUUCUAUGUUCUCAUGAAGCAUAACUUUAUCAUGACAGAGACAAGUGCAUAAAAGCCAGUGUUCUUUACGUGCAUAGGAUCUUUCUUGGAAUCACCUGCUAUAUGUUAUUUACUGGAGAAUGCUUGGAGAGCAGCAUCUGCGCUCAUGAAGACUGUACUAUCGCCUCUCUUCAUGGAUGCAGCUGCAUUUGCAUUGUGUAUAUGCAGUCAAGCUGAAAACCACAGAAGAUGAGUCCUUAUGAUUGACCUGCCAACUUGGCUGCUUGAACACGAUCCUAAAUAGGAACUCAUAUGUCAAAAAUUAUGUUUCAAUCCAUGGAGGACACUGUAUGGUUUUUUCAUUGAGUCUUUUGCCUUUUGUAUACAAAAUUGUACUUGAACUUACUUGUUUUUGAAAAAGGGAGUUCCCCGAGUCCUAACUGUAAAUCCCAGGGGGUCAGUGCAGAGCCAGUUUCAACAGCUGCAGCAGUUUCCCACGAGGAUUGUAAAAUUCUAUGAAGAAUGCAUGCUGUCAAACCAGCCUAAAAGAUAUAGACUUGAAAAUAUGAUAAUUGGGCAAUAUGUGUUCGAGCAAAAGGAGAUUGAUCAUCAUGGGAGGUCUUCAUAUAGGUAAGCAUCCUAUUACUGAGAUGUCACAAAAACUUUUGCAUUAGGGAUGGAAAGAAUAUUCAAAUAUAUAUUUCCCCCCUCUGUCCUCCAAAAAAGGGCCAAAAACAUGUUCCUCAAUGUUGGGAAACCUGAGAAACAGAAAACAGGAUGAGAAUGUUUGUGGAUUUGCACAAAAUUCAUGUAUGCUAUUUUUGCAUAGAAAAUGCUAUUUUCUGCACAAAAAUACAAUGUAUCCCUCCUAUCCAUGGAUUUUCUAUCCACUGA